AUAGUGAGACCAGAAGGAGGAAUUAUGACACUCCUUCGAAGGAAUGAAUUAAACGUGCCUCCGCGUGUGCCUGAUUGACAGGCCGCUGGGGAAAAGAGUGUAUAAAGGAGCCGGCUGCUGCCUGGAGGCAGUGAGUGUCCACUGAGAGUCCAUCAUCCACACGCUCCCCAGCCAGGUCUCCUCUCUCCAGCCGUACUUCUUCUUUUCAGAACAGAAUCAGAGCUCCAAAGUCCGGCAUCUCCCGUUUUUUCAACAUACCAGGUCACGUGAGCAAACAUUCUGGUGACAUUCAAGCAGCAGCUGUGCGAAUCACCAAGGCUGGUUCUCUUCUGGGAGCUUCUGGCAGAGGCAGGAUGCUCUGGGCACUGGCCCUGCUGGCUCUGGGCGUGGGGCCAAUAGCUCAUGCUGGUGACCUGGGUGAGGACACAUCCUUUGAUCUUUUCAGCAUCAGUAACAUCAACCGUAAGACCAUCGGUGCCAAGCAGUUCCGAGGGCCAGAUCCUGGGCUGCCUGCAUACCGUUUUGUUCGCUUUGACUACAUCCCCCCAGUGAAUUCACAUGAUCUCAGCAGGAUCCUCAGGACAGUGAGGCAGAAGGAGGGUUUCUUCCUCAUGGCCCAAAUGAAGCAGGACCGCAAGUCCCGGGGCACACUGCUGGCACUAGAGGGCCCAGGUGCUGUCCAGCGGCAGUUUGAGAUUGUAUCCAAUGGCCCCAGGGACACUUUGGACCUCACCUACUGGGUAGAGGGUAACCGAUACCAUAGUUCCCUGGAAGAUGUGGGCCUCGCUGACUCCCAGUGGAAAAACAUCACUGUGCAGGUGGCCAGUGAGACCUACAGCCUGUACCUGGGCUGCGACCUCAUUGACAGCAUCACCCUGGAUGAGCCUUUUUACGAACAGCUGGAGGCCGACAGGAGCAGGAUGUACAUAGCCAAAGGUGCAGCCCGAGAGAGCCACUUCCGGGGCCUGUUGCAGAAUGUCCAUCUUGUGUUUGGAGAUUCUGUGGAAGAUAUUCUAACCAAGAAAGGAUGCCAGCAAGGCCAGGAAGCUGAAGCCAAUGCUAUCAGUGAGCACACAGAAACUCUCCACCUGAGCCCUCACAUCACCACAGACCUGGUGGGCCAGGGCAUGGAGAAGAGGCCAGAGGUGUGCACUCACUCCUGCGAGGAGCUGACCAACAUGAUCAAUGAGCUGUCUGGGUUGCAUGUCAUGGUGAACCAGCUCAGCAAGAACUUGGAGAAAGUGUCCAGUGACAACCAGUUUCUCAUGGAGCUUGUUGGUGCCCCUCUGAAGACAAAGAAUAUGUCAGCCUGUGUGCAGGAUGGCCGCAUCUUCGCUGACAAUGAAACUUGGGUGGUAGACAGCUGUACCACAUGCAUCUGUAAGAAAUUCAAAAUUGUUUGCCAUCAAAUCUCUUGCCCACCUGCAACUUGUGCCAACCCAUCCUUGCUGGAAGGCGAGUGCUGCCCGUCCUGUUCUCACUCUGCAGACAGUGAAGAGGGCUGGUCUCCAUGGGCAGAAUGGACUGAGUGCUCUGUCACAUGUGGCUCUGGGACCCAGCAGAGAGGUCGGUCCUGUGAUGUCACUAGCAACACUUGCCUGGGCCCCUCCAUCCAGACACGAACAUGCAGCCUGGGAAAAUGUGACACACGAAUCCGGCAGAAUGGUGGCUGGAGCCACUGGUCACCCUGGUCUUCAUGUUCUGUGACUUGUGGAAUUGGCAAUGUCACACGCAUUCGUCUCUGCAACUCACCAGUGCCACAAAUGGGUGGCAAGAACUGCAAGGGCAGUGGCCGGGAGACCAAGACCUGCCAGGGCCUCCCGUGCCCAGUUGACGGCCGCUGGAGCCCCUGGUCCCCAUGGUCGGCCUGCACAGUCACUUGUGCUGGAGGAAUCCGCGAACGCACUCGUGUUUGUAAUAGCCCAGAGCCCCAGUAUGGAGGGAAGGGCUGUGUAGGAGAUGGGAAGGAACACCAGAUGUGCAACAAGAGGAGCUGCCCCAUCGAUGGAUGCUUAUCCAACCCAUGCUUUCCUGGAGCUCAGUGCAACAGCUUCCCUGAUGGGUCAUGGUCCUGUGGUUCCUGUCCAGUGGGCUUCCUGGGUAAUGGCACCCACUGUGAAGACCUGGAUGAGUGUGCUGUGGUCACAGACAUCUGCUUCUCAACCAACAAAGCUUCCCGCUGUGUCAACACUAACCCUGGCUUCCACUGCCUGCCUUGUCCCCCGCGCUAUAAGGGGAACCAGCCCUUUGGAGUUGGGCUGGAAUCUGCCAGAACAGAAAAGCAGGUAUGUGAGCCAGAAAACCCGUGCAAGGACAAGACUCACAGUUGUGACAAGAAUGCCGAGUGCAUCUACCUUGGGCAUUUCAGUGACCCGAUGUACAAGUGUGAGUGCCAGAUAGGCUAUGCGGGUGACGGCCUCAUCUGUGGGGAGGACUCAGACCUGGACGGCUGGCCCAACAACAACUUGGUGUGUGCCACUAAUGCCACCUACCACUGUAUCAAGGACAACUGUCCCAAACUUCCCAAUUCUGGGCAGGAAGAUUUUGAUAAGGAUGGAAUAGGAGAUGCCUGUGAUGAAGAUGAUGACAACGAUGGUGUGAGCGAUGAGAAGGACAAUUGCCAACUUCUCUUCAAUCCCCGUCAGCUUGAUUAUGACAAGGAUGAGGUUGGGGACCGCUGUGACAAUUGCCCCUAUGUGCACAACCCUGCACAGAUCGACACAGACAACAACGGCGAGGGAGAUGCCUGCUCUGUGGACAUUGAUGGAGAUGAUGUUUUCAAUGAACGAGACAACUGUCCCUAUGUCUACAACACUGACCAGAGAGACACGGACGGCGAUGGUGUGGGAGACCACUGUGACAACUGUCCGCUCAUGCACAAUCCUGAUCAGACUGACCUGGACAAUGACCUCGUUGGAGACCAGUGUGACAACAAUGAGGACAUUGAUGACGAUGGCCACCAGAACAACCAGGACAACUGCCCAUACAUCUCCAAUGCCAACCAGGCUGACCAUGACAAUGACGGCAAGGGUGAUGCCUGUGAUUCUGAUGAUGACAAUGAUGGGGUCCCUGAUGACAGGGACAACUGCCGGCUUGUGUUCAACCCAGACCAGGAAGACUCAGAUGGGGAUGGACGCGGUGAUAUUUGUAAAGAUGACUUUGACAAUGACAAUGUACCAGAUAUUGAUGAUGUGUGUCCUGAGAAUAAUGCUAUCAGUGAGACAGACUUUAGAAACUUCCAGAUGGUCCCUCUGGACCCCAAGGGAACUACACAAAUUGAUCCCAACUGGGUCAUUCGUCACCAAGGCAAGGAGCUGGUCCAGACAGCAAACUCAGACCCUGGCAUUGCUGUAGGUUUCGAUGAGUUUGGGUCUGUUGACUUCAGUGGCACAUUCUACGUCAACACAGACCGGGAUGAUGACUAUGCCGGCUUUGUCUUUGGCUACCAGUCCAGUAGCCGCUUCUAUGUGGUGAUGUGGAAACAGGUCACCCAGACCUAUUGGGAAGACAAGCCCAGCAGGGCAUAUGGCUACUCCGGCGUGUCCCUCAAGGUGGUGAACUCUACGACGGGGACAGGCGAGCACCUGAGGAAUGCACUAUGGCACACGGGGAACACAGAGGGCCAGGUGCGCACAUUAUGGCAUGACCCCAAAAACAUUGGCUGGAAAGACUACACUGCCUACAGGUGGCAUCUGGUUCACAGACCCAAGACAGGCUACAUGAGAGUCUUGGUGCACGAAGGAAAGCAGGUCAUGGCAGACUCGGGACCAAUCUACGACCAAACAUAUGCCGGUGGGAGGUUGGGUCUGUUUGUUUUCUCCCAAGAGAUGGUUUACUUCUCAGAUCUCAAGUAUGAAUGCAGAGAUGUCUAGAGAGGACAAGCUGCAUUUCCAGCAGUGCCCUGCUGUUUCCUAGACAUGUUGGUCCAUUCUGGUAUUUGCAGCUUUUCUCUCUCUUGCGGCAUUUCUCAUUUCUUGCUAUUGACUCUGAGUGGUUCUCCACCUCCUUCAUCAGCCCCAAGUUCAAGUGCCUUCAGAGGAUAAACACUAAGGGAACUCAAAGAUGAAUACCUAGCCCACUACCAUAGAUAACAGUUUGAUGAUGUAUGAGAUUUUAUGUGGAGUGAAAACCGAGCAUUGUUUUUUUUUGUUUGUUUAAAAGAAUGACGUUUACAUGUAAAAUGUAAUUACUUAUUCUAUUUAUGUGUAUAUGGAGUUGAAGAUUCGGAAUAUUGUGCUUAAGGCAUUAUCAUAAAUUAAGAAUGAAAAAUAUUUCUCACCUAUGUUCACUGCUUAACAUUGUCACUGUCCUGGAUUCGUGCUGUUCUGUGUAACAUACAAAUCCUGUAGAGUUGAUUCCAAGAAAGGGAAGUCAAGUAAUUCCACAGUGAGAAAUUGGCUUGAAGAUAAUCAUCACCUGAGACUGUGGUCACAGGAUGAAUGGUGAUUGGAACAUAGAAAGUCAUUUCAAAAGUCCCUUUGGCUUAGUUUGGCAAAAUAUUUCAUUAAGGUUCCAAGUAUAAAAGUUAGUAUUUAUUAAGUGGAUGGAUGUAAAAUAUACUAUACUCCAUGCCUCAAUAACUUAUUUUUUUUAAAGUAACAAAUAUGUAGUAUCUUUUCUAGUAAUAAACAUAUAGCAAGAAUAUAAUAUAAAGAUACACUUAAGACAAAAUAACUGUUGCUUGCAAUCCAAGGAUGAUAACAUGUUAUGAUAAAUUGUGCUAUAAGGUGGAAUAGGGAAAAUAAAAAGUAAUGAAGAAUUCAUAAUGGAACAUUAAUAUAGACUGUCAAUCAUGGUUUUGAUUUUGACAGUUCUUUUGACUAUUAUUUCUCUGAUGUAUAUAACAAUUGUUUAAAAUUUGAAUGCUGGAGAAAAAUCAUUUGAUUUUAUCAGACACACCCAAUAAUCAGUCACAUAGCAACAGACACAAGUUUGACUUCCUGUUUUGUUUUCAGCUACAUGAAAUACUCAUUACUUCCAGCCCACAUGAGUUCAGUGGACGUGUCGCGUCCUCUGACACAGGGCAGAUUUCCUUCUCUUAAUGGUGCUUGCCUUUCUAUAUUACAUGGAAAGAAACCAUUAUUUUGGCCUGAAUUUCCACACUUAACCAUGAUGCAGAUAUUUGUGUUACUGUCUUUGAGGUUGAGUUUUUUUUGUGUUUUAUUUUCCUGCACUUUUUACUUUUGAUGGAACUGUAUGCCUGAGGCCAACACAGGGUUGGGAGACUGUUGAACAUGAGGACCAGGGAGAGCAUGCAAGCUUCUUUUUAUUUGGGGGCAUUUGGUCCAAUGGUGUGAGGUGGUGGGGAUGAUGAUGUGAAUAACUUAGUGUACUAUAUUUUUUGUAAAUUAUUUAUGUCUUUUUAAAAACCAGCUUCUCAUAUUGACUAAUGAAACGGUUUUCUUUACCAAAGAUUGUAAAUAUUUAUUUAUUUGUUCACCUGGUCAAAAUUUCACCAUUGAAACCUUACAUUUAGCUAGAGCUCCAUUUUUAUACUUAAGAUUAAUAACAGCAAAUAAAUUAUAAAAAAUUCUA